UCUCUCAUGAAUAAAUAAAUAAAAUCUUAAAAAAAAAGAAUUUGUCAUACUGAAUGUGUGUUUGUAACAUCUAAUAGUUGCAAAGGUAACCCACAUAAAUGUAAAACACAUACAUGUUCGUGGAGCGUGGUCGGGGCCAGGACUGGGCAGCUGGUACAUUUUUGACUCUUCCUGGCAGGAGCUUCUGCCAAGCUCUGUAUUUUGCUCAGCCCCAUCCCAAGCGCCCUGGCUCCUGGUGUUGGGGCCCUGAUGGUUCACGGGCAUCUACCCGAGCUAGUCAUGUGUUUCUGUGCAUCUGUCAGUGGCCCUCGGAAACUGUUUUGUUGAUCUGGUUAGAAAGAACAAUCUGAUAAAAAUGCCGUCUCCUGUUCUCUGCUAAAUCAGAUUUUACAAUAAAGAACCUAGAUUUUGGUGGCAUUUGCAAAGUGCUGUUCACUGGCUAUCACUCUCUAUCUGGUGGUGGAAAAGGAAGGAGAAACUGAAGUACAGGUAUGUGUGUGUGUAUUCCUUUGAUUUGCCAGGUCCCUGUUAAGUUUUGACCCUGGAGAGAGAGGCCUGCGUGUCACACGUCUAUCCAACUGCCCAUCUCCAAAUUGUCUUUUUUGUUGUUGUUAAAUUAACUGCAUUUUCAAAAGAUAAGUUAGGCCAGGAACUCUGCAAAUUGCAAGGAGAUUUCUAGCCAGAGUCCUUGGUAGGCUUCAGCUGACACCUGAGAGCUGGGUAUAUAGGGAUUGACCCCAUGGCCCAUGAAGAAAGGACCCGUAACAGUUUAAGUUGGUCAGGAGUGAUGACAAGGAUCACAGAAAACAUCCAGCAUAUACUGUGGCUUGGAGACUCAAGACAGACCCCUGUGGAUGAGGAGCCUGGAGCUGCCAUACCUUCUGGGGCCCUAGGACUCUUAGACUCCCUCACUGAUGUGGUGCCUGCCCCGACCCCACCUCAGGCCACACUUGACCCCCACACUCACCAUGGCCUCAGGAGUACUGGCAGAGCCCAGGAGUACUGUGGGCGUUGUAUUCUGGUGACCACGUGGUCAUUCUCUGGGGACCAUUGACUGCCCGCACUUUGGAGCAGACCUAGAUGGCAGGUUGCCCUGGGUUCAAGCUUAGGUGUUACAACGCCCUAACUUGUUUGUAGUGGGCAACUGACCUUGGGCCAGUCUUUGAACCUCUUGGACUUAGUGUCUUGUCUGUAAAAUGAGAUACACAUACCUUUCUCUCGGUGGUUUAUUUUAUUUUUGGUUCAAAGAACUAUCUUUAAUUCUGCUUUAUUCAAAUGUAGUCAUUAAAUCCAUUGAGUUACUUUUGGCUUUCUAAAUGUAUUGUUUCUUUUUAUAAAUUUAUUUUAUUAUUUUUAUCUUUAUGUUUUUAUUUAUUCAUGAGAGACAGAGAGAGAGAGAAACAGAGACACAGGCAGAGGGAGAAGCAGGCUCCAUGCAGGGAGCCCAAUGUGGGACUCGAUCUUGGGACUCCAGGAUCAUGACCUGAGCUGAAGGCAGAUCAGGAGCGGUGCCGAGAAAAAUUUCCUUACUAGAUGACAUUUCAUCGCAAUGUCCGAUCGUUUGGGGCAAAUAACCAAGGGCAAGGAUGGGAAAAGCAAGUAUUCGACUCUCAGCCUGUUUGAUAAGUAUAAAGGAAAAUCAGUAGACGCGGUCAGAUCCUCAGUUAUUCCUAGACAUGGCUUACAGAGUCUCGGGAAGGUUGCCACAGCCCGGCGCAUGCCACCGCCUGCAAACCUGCCAAGCUUGAAGUCUGAGAACAGAGGAAACGACCCCAACAUCGUUAUAGUUCCCAAGGACGGGACGGGAUGGGCAAACAAGCAGGAUCAGCAAGACCCAAAGAGUUCCAGUGUGACGGGCUCUCCGCCGCCGGAGUCGCUGCCGCAGCCGGGUUUGCAGAGGCCUGUCUCCAGCUUACAGAAGCCGACACAGCCGAGCAGCCAGGAGAACACAAAUUCAGUGCCAGGUGGACCAAAGUCAUGGGCACAGCUGAAUGGAAAGCCAGCAGGACACGAAGGUGGUUUAAGGGGCUCAAGCCGACUGUUAUCCUUCUCUCCCGAGGAGUUUCCGACGCUGAAAGCAGCUGGAGGGCAGGACAAGGCUGGCAAGGAAAGGGGCGUCUUCGAUCUGUCGUAUGGGCCAGGACCAAGCCUCCGCCCUCAGAAUGUGACAAGCUGGAGGGAGGGCGGUGGGCGAAACAUAAUUUCUGCCACGUCUCUGAGCGCCUCCCCAACUGAGCUGGGCAGCAGGAACUCGAGUGCGGGAGACGGAGCCCCCUCCUCGGCAUGUACCAGCGAUUCUAAGGACCCCUCUCUCCGCCCGGCUCAGCCUGUCCGAAAAGGGGCUUCACAGUUCAUGGGAAAUGUAUACCACCCACCUACAUACCAUGACAUGCUUCCUGCUUUUAUGUGUUCACCGCAGUCAUCAGAGAACCAGGGUACAGUGGAACGAGGAUCUUUUCCCCUUCCCCAGCUCCGUCUUGAACCCCGUGUUCCCUUUAGACAAUUCCAGAUGAAUGACCAAGAUGGAAAAGAAAACAGGCUGGGAACAACUCGCCCCAUCCGCCCGCUGAGGCAGCUGGUGGGACGGGCGCCGCGGCCCACCAUCAUCAAUGCGGAAAACCUGAAGGGCCUGGAUGACCUGGACGCUGACGCUGAUGACGGCUGGGCAGGCCUUCAUGAGGAAGUGGACUACUCAGAGAAACUGAAGUUCAGUGAUGAUGAAGAGGAGGAAGAAGUUGGGAAGGAUGGCAGGCCUAAGUGGAGCAGUUGGGACCCCAGACGGCAGCGUCAGUUGUCCAUGAGCUCUGCAGACAGUGCUGAUGCCAAACGUCCCCAAGAGGAAGGAAAGGACUGGGGCGAAACAGUGGGUGUGACCCGUGUCGUCCGGAAAGUGCCAGAACCUCAACCACCUUCCAGGAAGCUUCACAGCUGGACAUCCGGCCCUGACUACCAGAAGUCCUCGAUGGGCAGCAUGUUCCGGCAACAGUCUGUUGAGGACAAAGAGGACAAGCCACCCCCACGGCAGAAAUUUGUGCAGUCCGAGAUGUCGGAGGCUGUAGAGCGAGCCCGAAAACGCCGGGAGGAGGAGGAGCGCCGAGCCCGCGAAGAGAGGCUGGCUGCCUGUGCUGCCAAGCUCAAGCAGCUGGACCAGAAGUGUAAGCAGGCUCAGAAGGCGGGCGAGGCCCAGAAGCCUGCAGAGAAGGAAGUACCUCGAUCUCCAGGCACCGAGAAGCUGCCCCCACAGGAGAAUGGCCCUGCUGUGCGCAAAGGCUCUCCUGAGUUCUCUGCCCAGGGAGCCACCAACACGUUUUUGGAAGAAGCCCCCAUGGUUCCUCCAGCUGUGGCCCAGAGUGGCAGCAGUGAGGAGGGAGCCAGGGAGGCUGGGUCCCCUGCACAGGAGUUCAGCAAGUACCAGAAGUCACUUCCUCCCAGAUUCCAGCGCCAGCAGCAGCAGCAACAGCAGCAGGAGCAGCUGUACAAAAUGCAGCACUGGCAGCCGGUAUACCCUCCACCUUCCCACCCACAGCGCACCUUCUACCCUCACCAUCCCCAGAUGCUGGGUUUUGAUCCCAGGUGGAUGAUGAUGCCUUCCUACAUGGACCCACGAAUCCCGCCCACUCGCGCCCCGGUGGAUUUCUACCCCUCUGCCCUCCAUCCCUCAGGAUUGAUGAAGCCACUGAUGCCCCAGGAUUCCCUCAGUGGGACUGGCUGUCGCUCUGAGGACCAGAACUGUGUGCCCUCACUGCAAGAAAGGAAAGUGGCCACCCUCGACCCAGCCCCCGUGUGGAGCCCCGAGGGUUACAUGGCACUGCAGAGCAAGGGCUACUCGCUUCCCCAGCCAAAAUCGAAUGACACUUUGGCCAUGGACAUGCAUGUCAGGAAUGAAAGCUCUUACUCUGCCUCACCCGGAAGGUCAGGGGGCGUAGGUGCCCAGCGCGAUCUCCUUGAGGAGAGAGGGGAGGAGUUCUUGAGUGCUUUUGACAAGAAGGCCCAAGCAGACUUUGACAGCUGUGUCUCUUCUCAAAGAAUAGGCCAGGAGCUUUUGUUUCCACCCCAAGAAAAUGUUCAGGAAGCAGGUGCUCCUGGGCGUCACACCCCAGACCUCAGGUGUUCCCCACUGGAGCCCGACUUUGCCCCAGCUGAGAAAAAGCAAGAGUAUAGCAAUUGGGAUGUUAGCCAUCCACCAGAGGCCACCGACACAGUCAACGGCAUCGAGAAAGGGGCACUCCGGGAGGAGCCGUCGUUUAACGUCUCUUCCUGGGAGAAGGAAGGGAGCCCCAACAAACAGCCGUCCCUGGAGCCCGAGUGGACAUCCGAGCCCCGGGGCCCCGGCAGCCAGCAGCAGGAGCAGACCGGCAGGACGCGGAGGUCAGGACCCAUCAAGAAGCCUGUCCUGAAAGCCCUCAAGGUAGAGGACAAGGAGAAGGAGCUUGAGAAGAUGAAGCAGGAACUGGGGGAGGACAGUGCCCGUGUGGCUAAGGAGAAAGGGCCGGUUCGCACGGCGGACAAGGACGAGGAUGAAGAGAACGACCCCGCGCUGGCCAAUUCCUCCCCCUCCCCCUUGGAGGACCAGGGCUCUGCUCGAGCUAGUUUGGGCCGCGAGGCCAGCAGGUGUGAAGAGGACGAGAAGCCCGACAGGGCCUGGGAGAGCAGACCCUCCCGGGAGUCGAGCGACACUCCCCCAACGAAGAGGAACAACUGGAUCUUUAUCGACGAGGAGCAAGCCUUUGGGGGCCGUGGACAGGCCCGGGGCCGGGGCCGUGGCUUCCGAGAGUUCACCUUCCGCGGGCGGCCUACGGGUGGCCCCAGCCUCUGCGGUGGGGGGGUGCUCGGGGCUCGGGGCAUCUACAGCAGUGGCCAGAGAAGCGGCCGUGGCCGGGGGCUGCGGGACUUUGGCCAGCCCGAAGACUUCCCUAGGGCCAAGCCGCGGCGGCGGAUCGCCAGUGAGACGCACAGUGAGGGCUCCGAGUACGAAGAGCUUCCAAAGCGGCGGCGGCAGCGAGGCUCGGAGAACGGGAGCGAAGGCUCGCUUCUGGAGCGGGAGGGCAGCACCCUGAGGAAGGGCGACUUCAGGGACUCCUGGCGCUCCAAUAAGGUGUGCUCCGAGGACCCUGGCGGCCCCGAAGCCAAGAGCCGGGGCCCUCGCACCUUCGGUCGGGCGCUCCCUCCGCGGCUAAGCAGCUGCGGCUAUGGGCGAAGAACCUUCGUGUCCAAAGAGGCCACCCACUGGCAGAGCAAGAGCCCUGGUGCCUCCUGGCCGGAGUAUGGCUCCCCGGACACGUGCGGGUCCCGGCGACCUGCAGACAGAGACUGUGUCCCCGAUGCCUACAGACACUCGGACUCAUUUGGUGCCAGGGCCUUCGAGGACAGCCGCCCAGAGGACAAGAGGCACUUCUUCCCUGAUGACCAUGCAGCCGACUCAGAGGGCGCAGAGAACCGGCCCUUCCGGAGGAGGCGCCCUCCACGCCAGGACAAGCCUCCGCGCUUCCGGCGCCUCCGACAGGAGCGGGAAUCCCUGGGCCUGUGGGGGCCUGAGGAGGAGCCCCACUUGCUGGCAGGGCCAUGGCCAGGCCGGCCCAAGCUCUGCCCUGGGGACAAGAGUGGGUCCCCUGAGCUCUCAUACCAGAACUCGUCUGAUCACGCCAACGAGGAAUGGGAGACAGCCUCUGAGAGCAGUGACUUCAGUGAGAGGCGGGAGCGGCAUGAGGGCCCCGGGGUCGAGCCCGACCCGCAGGUGGACAGUAGCCUGCCUGGGGCUGCCGUGGGCGAGAAGAAGGAGCUGGCCAAGAGGAGCUUCUCCAGCCAGAGGCCCCUGGCCGACAGGCAGAGCCGAAAGCUGGAGCCGGGGGGGUUUGGGGAGAAGGCCGUUAGGCCAGGUGGUGGUGACACUUCUCCCCGUUAUGAGAGCCAACAGAAUGGGACGCCUUUGAAAGCCAAAAGGUCCCCAGAUGAGGCCUUGCCUGGAGGUCUUGGUUGCAGCGGUGGGAGCAGCCACUAUGCCCUGGAGCGGGCAGCCCAUGCCACAUCGGACAUCCCUGAAGCCUCCUGUGAGAAGGCAGAGAAGGAGGCCAAGCUGGCUGCUCAGAGGGCGGGUGAACAGGGAGAAACCAUGAAACAGUUUGACCUGAACUAUGGAAAUUCCAUCAUUGAAAACUGCGGGUCCAGCCCUGGGGAGGAAAAUGAGGUAGGCCCCAUGGCGGGUGAAGGUUUCAUCGAGGUCCUAACCAAGAAGCAGCGCCGUCUGCUGGAAGAAGAGAGGAGGAAGAAGGAGCAGGCUGUACAGGUGCCUGUCAAGGGGCGAAGUCUUUCCUCCCGUAUUCCUCCUCGCUUUGCUAAAAAGCAAAACAACUUGUGCCUGGAGCAGAGUGAUGUGACUGUGCCCGGAAGUAGCCUGGGCACUGAGAUUUGGGAGAGCAGCAGCCAGGCCCUCCCUGUUCAGCCUCCAGCCAACGACUCAUGGACAAAAGCCGCCACUGCCUUCAAUAGCACCGAGCCCGGCUCUGCUGAGCAGGGUUUUAAGAGCAGCCAGGGGGACAGCGGCGUUGACCUGAGUGCUGAGUCUCGGGAGUCGUCUGCGACCUCCUCACAGCGCAGCUCCCCGUACGGCACUCUGAAGCCAGAGGACAUGAACGGGCCUGGCCUGGAGCCCAAGGCCGACAGCCACAAGGAGCAAGCUCAGAAACAGCCUGAGCCGAAGGAUUCAGAACAAGGCUCAGGACAGAGCAAGGAGCACAGACCAGGACCCAUCGGCAAUGAGCGUUCUCUGAAAAACAGAAAGGGCUCAGAGGGGGCUGAGCGGCUGCAGGGGGCUGUCGUCCCGCCUGUUAACGGGGUUGAGAUUCACGUGGACUCUGUGCUGCCGGUGCCGCCCAUUGAAUUUGGAGUCAAUCCAAAAGACUCCGAUUUCAGCUUGCCACCUGGUUCUGCCUCUGGUCCAGCGGGAAAUCCGGUUGUCAAACUUCAGGAUGCCUUGGCCAGUAAUGCGGGGUUAACACAGAGUAUUCCCAUCCUCCGGCGCGACCAUCACAUCCAGAGGGCCAUUGGCCUCUCCCAGAUGUCCUUCCCCACCGCCGACCUCACCCUGAAGAUGGAGUCUGCACGCAAGGCUUGGGAAAAUUCGCCCAGUUUGCCAGAGCAGAGCUCUCCUGGAGGCGGGGGCUCAGGCAUCCAGCCCCCGUCGUCUGUGGGAGCCUCCACCGGGGUGAACUAUAGCUCCUUCGGGGGAGUUUCCAUGCCGCCCAUGCCUGUGGCCUCGGUCGCGCCUUCUGCUUCUCUCCCAGGCAACCACCUGCCGCCUCUGUACCUGGAUGGCCAUGUGUUUGCAAGUCAGCCCCGGCUGGUUCCUCAAACGAUACCUCAGCAGCAGAGUUACCAGCAGGCUGCCGCUGCCCAGCAGAUCCCUCUUUCCCUUCACACAUCUCUGCAGGCUCCAGCCCAGCUGGGACUGAGGGGCGGGCUUCCCGCCUCCCAGGCUCAGGAGAUCUUCAGCUCCUUACAGCCCUUCAGAUCUCAGGUGUACAUGCAUCCCAGCCUGUCACCACCCAGCACCAUGAUCCUCUCUGGAGGCACAGCCUUGAAGCCUCCAUACUCGGCGUUCCCAGGCAUGCAGCCCUUGGAGAUGGUGAAGCCCCAGUCCGGCUCCCCCUACCAGCCCAUGAGUGGAAACCAAGCCCUGGUCUACGAGGGCCAGCUGGGUCAGGCUGCGGGCCUAGGCGCCUCCCAGUUGUUGGACUCCCAGCUCCCACAGCAGCUGACGAUGCCGCUGCCUGGCUCCCAGCUGCCUCUGCCGCGGUACGGCUCCGGGCAGCAGCCUCUGAUUCUACCACAGUCCAUCCAGCUGCCACAGGGGCAGAGCCUCUCUGUCGGGGCCCCCCGAAGAAUCCUUCCACCCGGCUCCCAGCCUUCGGUCCUUAACACCAGCAGAGAGUCCUCUCAGAUGGAGAUGAAGGGCUUCCACUUUGCCGACAGUAAACAGAAUGUUCCUUCAGGAGGCUCUGUGCCAUCACCCCAGACUUACAGGCCUAGCUCUGCUAGCCCCAGUGGGAAGCCCUCUGGAUCAGCAGUUAACAUGGGCUCUGUGCAGGGACACUACGUUCAACAGGCCAAACAACGAGUGGAUGAAAAAGCCAGCCUGGGAGCCGUGAAGCUGCAGGAAGCCCCCUCCGCCACCUCCCAGAUGAAGCGAACCGGAGCAAUCAAGCCUCGGGCGGUCAAGGUGGAAGAGAGCAAGGCCUGAAGGUGCUGGGCCACACCUCGCCCCCCUGAGCGCAGGGCUGCCGCUCGGCCCUGACCUCUGACGCAGCCAGACACGCGGACAUCUUGGAGAUCCACCGUCCAACCACCGGCCCGGACUGAGAGACCUUCCUUCCCUUGUCCACUCCUGAAAGCUCCAUUGUCCGACCAGCUUGCCCCCGUGGAUAUGUGGCAUUGACCUGCUCGCUUUCAUAUGAAGCAAACAAGCAAGCAAACUGACCCUGUCCCCACGUUGUCCCCGCCUCCUUUCCACCGUGACCGUGACCGUGGAGUGACUCAAGCCUUUGUGCAGGCCAGAAAACCCCGCCCCACCCACCCCACCGCCAGGGUGCUUUCUGCACCCCCCUCCCCCGCCUCCUCCCCUCCCCUCCCUCCCCCCUCCCGGCCCCAGGCACAGUGGUUUGGCAGCAGGGCCCAUUUUAGUUUGAGGCUUUUUGUUUUAAAAAGCAGCUAAAGUUUUUACAAAGGAGAAAGGAAAAGAAAACAAAAACCGAAGCUAUGUGUGCAUAGCUGAACUUUCAUACUUCUUUGCCACCCCCUCCCUCUGUCCCAGGACCACAUUUCCACCUGUCCCCUGCCUGGUCCACUGGUCUGUCACUGCGAUUCCUGAACAGGACUCUAAGGCAGGUGUCCCCGUCCCCGUGUCCCCCCCCCACCCCACCCCCACCCCCCCGUACGCUCUUAGUGAGUCAGCCGGUGCGGGUGCUCGCAGGAAACGUGGAGGGCUUGCCAGUGGGCAGCUCCUUGCUCGGGAGAGUGACUGAGAGGGAAGUUAGGUCAGUGUCACGGUGGGUUCCAGUCCCUGGCCUGAUAACCUCUGGAGUUUAGGGGCAGCCCAGUGAAGCUGGUGGCGUUUUUAGCGUAAGAAUGACACACAAUUUCUGUCCUGGACUCUUCUAACGCCAGUGGACAUGCUGACCACGGGGCACCUAAGGUGAAUCGUGGAGAUACAGAAUCACUGGUGUUUGCCAGUGCGGCCUGGACGGUGCGAGCUGACCGCCUCCGUGUCGGGGGCUCUGACACCCAGGGGGCUCUGACACCCAGGGGGCUGCUGUGUGACCCGCACGCCCUUCCUUGAAGCCUUCUGUGACAUACCCUCCUCUUUUCUUCCUGAGGCUGUCUCCUUCUUGUCUGGAUUCCUCUGUCCUGCCACCUUUCAUGCAGCUCGUCCCUGGAACCUGUGAGGCCCCUUCCCUUGGGGACAGGGCCGCGAGGACGUCUGUCUGCUGGGGUCUGUAGCCGAGGUGUGUGGCCUGGAAGGCUGCCACCAGGGCUUCCUUUUUCUCCUUUUCUUCGCUCCCACUGGCAGACCCAGGUGGUUGGGACAGAGAGGCCUGAGCUGGGCGCUGGGUGCCCAUCUUCCCAGACGGCUGGGGUGAGGUCUGCAGGGGGCGGGGGUCGCAGGUCUGACCGUCGUUCUGCAGUGGCCGCUAGCAAAAUGUUUGUGUGAGCCAUUUGAUACUGGGUUUUUGUUGUUUAUUUUUAAAAUAAGACCCAGAAAGAAAUCAUCCCUGAUGUUGUCAUUCCAAGGAUAGGGGAAGGGAAACCUGCAGGGAGUGUACAUGCUCUUCAGAGUAACUAACCAGCCAGCCAGUCCUUAAACUAGGUGCUGCCUGCCACCAGCGAUGGCUCCAAGGAGGACCAGGCUCAGAGGACAAGCAGUAGGUGAGUGGGGAGGAGCCCUGCACAGGUCCAGCCUCAGGGCCCCUACAGGGGUGUGACGUCCUGUGGUUUUGAGCUCUGUGUCUAGCGUACAAGCUGGGUGGAGAGAAGCGCCUUAGGGACGGUGUGGCACCCAUAACCUUCUGUCGUUCUUCCCUGCUUGAAGGAAACGGGCACACCCUGCCAGCCAGAGUGCCAACGUCUGUGGGGAGGGUGGGGUGUCAUCCGGAGAGGCCCAGUUUUCUUGAAAGUUGCUCUAGUGCUUCAUCUGCAGCUUUCUGUGUCCCUUUUCCUACCUCCACCCUCAGACCUUGCUUCUUACUAUAGCUGGUCAUCUUCAGGCCUGAAGCUUUAUUCUGAGGUCCUUUCACCAAGGGCUGCUCCCUUGAGUUGCCUGCGCUCACCUGCCCUGUGUGCUCAUCUGCUCUUUCUCUCCCCUGCAAGUGUGUGACUGCUGUCCCUGUGACCACCUGCCCUGCCUGGCGCUCCCCUCUGCUGCCACCUGCCUCUUUUGCCCGGCUCCCUCUACGGGAGCCACACACAUUCACCACCGCCUGUAUGUUCAUAAACAUGGCCGGGCUCACACACCUAAUUUUGGUGCACAUUGUACAUCAAAAAGGAACAGAGGUUUUCUCAUUUUGGAAUUCAACAGAACAGCCCAGGAUGCUGUGACAAACUCAAGGUGUACCCUUCAGGUGAACCAGCCGUCAGCGUGUCAGUACUUCCUGUUUUGAGAAAAAAUAAAAACAAAAGGUCACCUGUUCGCCAGCCCUUUUGUCCACCCCUGUAUUUUCUCCUCCCCCUCCCCAAUAAAAACAAAAAACACUAGAAUUUAUUUAUAUGUAUUGAUGUUGUAGGUCUAGGUGAAAAAAGUAAAUGUUUCACUGCUCUAUUUAUAUAUAAUGUCUGAAUUAUUCUGUGCAGGAAAGGCCAGGAAAUUGCAUGUGAAGUUCAGUGCAUUUACCACCUCUGUGUGCCCGAGCUGCAGUGUCUUUCCCACUAAGAUACAGGUUUUAAAUUGGGCUUAGGGCAGAGGGCCUGUCCAACCCCCCCACCCCCCCACCCCCCGUCCCUUCCUCCGUCUGAUGAAAUGCAGUUUGUAGUGCAGAGAGGUUUUAAGGUGCAAUAUCUCUUCUUUUCAUGUGGUUUUAGAACCAAGCUCAAGGUAAUAGAGCUUAGGGUCUUGUGGUUUCAAACCCCCAUCCUCAGAGCACACCUCCCUGCAGAGGCCUCUGCCAAGAUGCCACAGGGCCGUUGGUGGGAGCAGGUAAAGAUGACAUUUACCUUUCUGCUGUUGAUGAGACUAGUGGCAGGGGGAGGUGGGUAGUGUCAGAGCCCCCUUGCUGUCCCUUUGUCUCCCUCCUGAUGCUGGCAGUUUGGCCCUGGCCAUUGGUGGUACAGCCCGUUGCGCAGCAACCAGUAACCCUGCAGUAGUGUCUGUCCAGUGUCACCUACUCAUUGGGGUGAAAAUCCCAGAGUGGGGUCGAGUACACCCCCUGGAAACUUCUCUGCCAGUUAUAUUUGGUCUGGUUUUCUUUACUGUUGCUUCCCCCUUUUUAAUCCACAUUAUUACUGUUUUCAAACUCAGAAUUCAUUCACUUCUGGCUCUGGGUUCCUUAUGAGGGAAGACAGAGGAUGACUUACACAUUCAGAAAUCAGUUGAUUGAGUUCCAAAGCUGUGGCCAUGCCAGCCACUUCUAGGGAAUAUUGGGGAAUCUUGUUAAAUAUUGACUUUGGGUCUCUCCAGCUAUGCCCUCACCCUCCUGUCUUCUGGAUCUGCCCUUGGGAUGGGUGAUGAGGUUUGUGACUGGUGCUCAGGGCCCAGGAGGCUGAGGGUGUGCACACAGGUGCAUGGCCGUGUUCAGAAAUGGCCUGCUGAGACAAUGUGGCCACCUGGUAAAGCCCCUCCCUGCUGUUCGGUUCCCCUCCACCAAGUAGCUGCAUGUUGCCUCCCAAACCUGUAUUUGUCCCUUUUCACUUCUUGCAGAGCAAGCCUGGGUCUGUUGGAAAUGGCCUUUGACAACCGAGGACACUAGAGUGUUUGUGUUUUGUCAUGUUCUGUGCUGAAUGGGAAAUGCAGACUUCCAGAAAGCCAGCCCUUCCU